AGUACGAAUCACUUACUGCUGACAUAAAUAAUAAGCUUUAAAGAUUUCAAAUCCAUCUCGAUAUCCGGUCUACAUCCUUAUCCGCUCUUUUGUAUAUAGUCUACUUCCUUUCUGAAGGAUCAAGAAUCACUCUACACAAUGACAGAGCCUUCACAGCGACCGCUUGUCAAAAUAUGUGGCACGCGAACUGUCGAAUCGGCACAGGUCGCCAUACAAGCCGGCGCCGACCUCAUCGGUAUGAUUUGUGUUCCAAACGUCAAGCGGACAGUCUCAUCAGACCAAGCGAAAAAGAUCUCGCGAGCGGUUCGCGAGUUUAGAGAAUCUCGGCCUGAACACAGGCUAUUGCCGCCUGACGAUGUUGACGCGUGGUUCACUGGCCACGUUGAGAAUUUCAGAAAUCGGGCGCCGCUUGUCGUUGGCGUAUUUCGAAAUCAGCCAUUGGAGGAAGUGUUGGCUAUUCAGAAGGAGUAUGAGCUUGAUAUCGUUCAGCUACACGGCUCGGAGCCUCUUGAGUGGGCGAACUCAAUCCCCGUACCGGUCAUAAAGAAAUUCGGUCCAACUGAUGAAGAUAUUCUAAAGCCUGGCUUGCAUUCGCUCGCCCUUCUCGACGGAGGCGGUGGUGAAGGCAAACUUCUAGCAUGGGAUGAACUGCCUGGUGCUGGUAGUUUCAUAUUAGCUGGUGGUUUAACACCCGAGAAUGUGGCUACAGCUAUCAAACUUCCUAAUGUCAGUGGCGUGGAUGUCUCGAGUGGAGUAGAGACGGAUGGGAAGCACGAUCAUCAAAAGAUCCAGCUUUUUAUCAAAAACGCUCGCGAUUCAUAGAGAUUUUUGUUAGCUUGAUAUUCAUUGUAUUAUAGGCGCUUGGGUGAAUCAAAAUGUGGCUUUUCAAUUGUCCAGAAUAUAUACACAAA